ACUCAAAUCAAAUCUUCAAUCUUCUUCUUCUUCUUCCUUCUCUGUUUUCUUAAGUUUCACUUGAAAACGAAAGUUUAGACUAUAUCAAUGGCGACUCCUAACGAAGUAUCUGCACUUUGGUUCAUCGAGAAGCAUCUACUCGACGAGACUUCACCGGUAGCUACAGAUCAAUGGAUGAAGCUCGAAUCAUCAGCAACGGAAUCUAGUUCCGAUUCUUCUACUAUGCUCUUCCAAUCAUCAUCGUCUUCUUUCUCUCCAAUUGAUUUCUCUGAAUCCGUCUGCAAACCUGAAAUCAUCGAUCUCGAUACCCCGAGAUUCAUGGAUUUUAUAUCAACUCCAUUUGAAUUCGACUCAGAAGUUUCUGUUUCUGAUUUCGAUUUUAAAAUUUCAAAUCAAAAUCAAGUUGAACCGGAGAUUCAAUCUCAAAUUCGUAAACCGCCAUUGAAAAUCUCGCUUCCAGCUAAAACAGAGUGGAUUCAAUUCGCUGCGGAAAAUCCUAAACGGGAAGUUACUAAACCGGUUUCAGAAGAAGAGAAGAAGCAUUACAGAGGAGUGAGACAAAGACCGUGGGGGAAAUUCGCGGCGGAGAUUCGUGACCCGAAUAAACGUGGAUCUCGCGUUUGGCUUGGGACGUUUGAUACAGCGAUUGAAGCGGCUAGAGCUUAUGAUGAAGCAGCGUUUAGACUACGAGGAUCUAAAGCGAUUUUGAAUUUCCCUCUUGAAGUUGGAAAGUGGAAACCACGCGCCGACGAAGGUGAGAAGAAACGGAAGAGAGACGAUGAGAAAGUGACUGUGGUUGAGAAAGUGUUGAAGACGGAACAGAGCGUUGACGUUAACGGUGGAGAGACGUUUCCGUUAUUAGACUGGGACUUAACGGGGUUUCUUAACUUUCCGCUUCUGUCGCCGUUAUCUCCUCAUCCAUCGUUUGGUUAUUCUCAGUUGACCGUUGUUUGAUUUUUUCUUUAGUUUUGGCUAUGUGUAUGCUGACGUGGACUUAUGGUACAC